GCGGGAACGAUGUCGUGUCUGACGGGACGCUUCCAUUCAACACAAUAAUUUAUUAGUUAAGUGUUGAGUGUUAAUUGUGAUUAAAUUAUAAAUUGUGUUGAAUUAGCCAUCAUGGCCAAUUGAUUGGAAAGCAGAAAGCAGAGAAAAUCCAGCCGGUCUAGGAUUUCACCGCAUGAGCGGCAAGCGAACGCGCAGCUUCAAAUGCGCAGUCCAUCAUCGGGAUCGCGAGGUCUGCUCUGAGAACGACUUUCAGCUGGUGCUGAACGAGCCGCCGCUCUUCAGAAAGAUGGUCCAUGCCGUCGCGAUGGAAAUACUCCCCGAGGAGCGGGAUCGCAAGUACUACGCGGAUCGGUACACCUGCUGUCCGCCGCCCUUCUUCAUUAUCCUCGUGACAGUCGUUGAGCUGGGCUUCUUUGUGUAUCACACGAUGGUCACGGGAGAGGCCGCGCCGCGAGGGCCCAUACCCACCGACUCGAUGUUCAUCUACCGACCGGACAAGCGGCACGAGAUCUGGCGGUUCCUCUGCUACAUGGUGCUGCACGCCGGAUGGCUGCACUUGGGCUUCAACGUGGCCGUGCAGCUGCUGUUCGGGCUGCCACUGGAGAUGGUCCACGGCUCGACGAGGAUCGCCUGCAUCUACUUCUCGGGCGUGCUGGCCGGCUCGCUGGGCACCAGCAUCUUCGACCCGGAGGUGUUCCUGGUGGGCGCCAGUGGCGGUGUCUACGCUCUGCUGGCCGCCCACCUGGCGAAUGUCCUGCUCAACUAUCACCAGAUGCGCUACGGCGUCGUACGGCUGCUGCAUAUAUUAGUUUUCGUUUCGUUUGAUUUUGGUUUCGCCAUCUACGCGCGUUAUGCUGGCGAGGAUGUGCUGCUGUCGAGUGGCGCCGCCGAGGAUGUGCAGCAGCACCAUGCCGCCACGGAGGCCGCCGUCUCGUUUGUGGCCCAUCUGGCGGGCGCCGUCGCGGGCCUCACCAUCGGACUGCUGGUGCUGAAGAGCUUCGAGCAGAAGCUGCACGAGAACCUCCUCUGGUGGAUCGCCCUCGGCACCUACUCGGCCCUGGUGGUCUUCGCCAUUGCCUUCAACAUCCUGCACGGCUUCACGUUGUUCAAUAUGCGCAUGGAGAAGGUACGCGUCACGGAGACGUACUUCAACGACUUUCAGGUGUGAGAGGAGGAGAGACAUCCUGGACACCCUCCUGCUUUGUUUUUUUUUGUAUUCGGUUACAUUUUCGGAUCGUUUCUGUUCAUUUUCGUUCCGUUCCGUUGAAGUUUUUAUUGUUUUUUCGGAAGGCGAUUAAGUUUGCAGUUUUCUAGUUUUCCAAUUUCAUUGUUUUGUAAUGUGCGUAUCUGUACAAUCAGGCAGGUUUAUCGAGCACUAUAUCUAUAUCUACAUAUAUCUAGGGGACAAAUCGUGUGUCGUUUAAUCCAUUAUAUAUUUUGUUCUGUUUUCGGUAGUUAAGUACAAAGCACCGAUGCAAAGAGUAUCAUCAGAGAUCAUUGAAUUAGAGAUAUUUACAACAAAUCGAACUGAUUAGGUGUAACAUAAUGCUCAAGGAAUUCGAUAUAUAUACACACAUAUAUAUAUAAAUGCAAGACUUUCUAGGGAUAAACAAUUUAAGCUGAAAGAAAAAAAAUACAAAAAAUAAAUAUAUAUUGCUUUAUGCGCUAUAUGGAAACCGAUAUUGGCAAUGCACUAAUUAAUCGAAAUUCGAACGGGCCUUAAAACACACACACACACAUUGAGAUGAUGAUAAUUCCUACCUCAAAAUAAAAGAGAAAAUAUAUUAUGAUUGGAUUGGAUCGGUUUCAAUUUGAUAUAGCCGCCGUGCAUUUAAUAUCGUCACUGCCAGCCAGCUUUUAUGGAUCAAUCGAUUUUGCAUCAAAUAUACACCACAUUUUGUAUUUACAAUGUUUGUUGUACUUUGUAAAUA